GCUUUUAACAAAGUCAGUAAGGUGAGUGGCGAGCACAGUUGGAAUAGGGCCAGACAGGGACGACAGAAAGCUAACGCGAACUAGUAACCAUGUUUGCACAGGUCAUAUUUGUAGUUCUACGUCAGACAUUUGCGGAUGGUUUUAUUACUGAAAUGUCCACAGCAGUUAGGAGCGCUGCAUUCUUCUGUGUUGAACGCACUGAGCACAAAAGCAAAGGCUACUUUUCACCAAUACAUUAUCAAACUGGUCAAUGGGGGCCUCCAGAACCAGACCUUUGCCGUUUGCGCAGCACCACAUUCACAAGGAUGAGACAUUAUUUCCGUUAGUGGUUAAAAACUACAAAAACAUUAUUUACCUGGUGGUGCACCUAUGCUUUCCCUUCCAUUUAUAUAUGGAAAGUAUGUACUACCCCGCCGUUCCUCUAUUUUGACUAAGUAUGACGCACCACCAGAAUUUCUGUUGUAUAAGUGGAGAACAGGGAUUCACUACACCUGCCGGCUAGGUGGAAAUGAAGCAAAAAUGUACAGCCCAGGCUUCAGUGAAAAGCAAGCUGUCGGCAAGAGGUGAUGGAAGGAAGGAUCUCACUGACUGAUAUUUGCACUUAGUCAGUCCUAACCGAUAACUCACUGCUCUGGAAUUGUGUAUCGGAUCCUACUUUUGCCAAACUGGUUUGUAUUUGCACAACAGUGUACAAGUGUGGCCAUCGCAUUCCAUUUUAAGUAUUCGCAAUGAAUCGUACAGACUGCUUUGGGUUCCUAUCUCCCAUUUUAUCUUCGGGUUUGAGGUGCUGAACUUGCUCAAGUUAUGGUUUGGCAUACAUUAUUCACUUGAAGCUUCCAAUAUUUUUUUUCAUUAAAACAGUAGAAUAAUGAUAAAAAUAAACCAGUCAUACAAGGAGAAGAUUUUCCGGAAAACUUAGGAGCAAAAGAAAAAGCUCCGACAGCUCUUUGUGGAAAUGCGUGGGUCUGCAUCAUUGGUCCCCUUCGGGCAUAUUUAAAUUGUGGACUCAGUGAAUAGAAUCACAUUCUUCAAAUGAGUAAUUAAUUAAAAUAUCGCGGCAAGCAAUUUACUAUAAGGAUUACAAGACUGCUGUCGCAGGUAUCCCCAACACUAUAAUCCAUUUGAAAGAUGCUGUUGAGUAUUCACAAAUGUAAGAACAUUUGCUAGUUGGAACGGGUAAAGUGUUGCACUCGUCGAAAUACUACUCUUUAAAAUAGUUUGCAUCAGCUAUCAGAUUAAGAGAUAAUACUAUAAAACGAAAAUGGCAACUAUUAUAUAUGCAAUAAUGCAUGCACUUCUCAGUAUCCUAAUACCUGCUGCCAACAUCCCUGUCGUUUUUGUAGUUUAUAAUUUAAUGAGGAGGAAGCAUGCCAAAAGUUAUAUGUUCAUCCUCAACCUGGCGGCUGCAGAUCUGCUGGUAGGAGUGAUGUGUGUGGUCGAGGCACUAGACGAUAUUUUCGAUGAUGACUUCGACAAAAACAUAACCUUCUGUUUAUUGAGGAUUUGUUUAACGAUCACUCCUUGUAUAGGUUCCAUUUUGACCCUGCUGCUUAUCUCCUUUGAUAGGUACCUGGCUGUCAGAUUCCCCUUGUAUUACCUCAGAAUUAUGACCACUAGAAACAUUGUUGUCCUCAUCGUCAGUCUGUGGGGUAUUUCUUUCAUCUUGGGACAUUUGCCACUUCUCUUGCCUUCUCUCCAACGGAGCAAUUAUACCGGCUUCUGCGGUUUGCUGUAUGCAGCUAGGGGCGAGUAUGUCUACAUUAUCUGCUUUAGUAUAUUUGUACCAGUUCUCACCACCCUGAUAUACAUACACAUUGCCCUUUGUAGAAUUGCUUACUUGCAAUAUCGAAGUAUUAAGCAGACCUGGAUUCGAACUGGCGCCCUGACUGCAGACCUGAGACAUUUCAAGGCUGUGAGGACAGUUCUCAUUGUCAUUGCCUGUUUUGCUCUGUCUUGGGGACCAUACUACAUUACCGGUGUGGUACAGGCUACCUGCGCUACCUGCAACCUCGUAGAUCUGCUUAAAGACCUGCUUUUUCUUUUAGGAGAGACAAACUCCCUGGUGAAUCCGCUCAUAUAUGCCUUUUAUAGCAAGGACAUCAGAACUCAGCUGUACAGACUUCUGUUCUGCCAAAGGCAAAUCAACAGUCCAAAUUUCAGGCUAACCAAGGCUCAGCUGAAGGGUGUGCCAUGUCAGCGGGAAUCCACUGAUGGCGACACAAAAUCAGUGACUGCGUCCAUCGGAGGACAAAGUGCAUAAUAACACAGAAAAGCCGCACAUUCAUAUCUAAAUGUUUUAACUGGAAGCUGCUGUCAUGUCGCCCUUUGUUCUGAUGUGUUGUUAUCCUGCUAUUCUGAUUCUAUAGUGUGUGUUACUUCUGUAAUAGUAUUGUGUUUAAGGUUUCUUCAUUAACUCAGUGUGCAGUGUGUUACUUCCAGUAUCAUAGUACUUAAGGAGUCUUCAUUAACUCAAACUAUGUUCCUCACUUAGCUCUUGCAUUUUCUGAUGUAUGGAGAUUCGUCAUCAGCCAGGUUUGUUAAGCCUUGUAAAAUGUCCAAAAGGCAAAGUGCAUAGAACUGGGACAGUUUCUGGCUCACACAGUGGUCGCAAACAUGUUGUUGUGCAAUACGUGCACAGUAAUAUAUAUAAUCUGCAAAGUUUUGAAAAGAGCCUGUAAGUUCUAGCUGCAAGUUAAAAUAGCUAGUGUGUUAAGUUCUUGAAGAUGUUAAAAUACAAUUGUUUACCCUGUAGUUGUUUUUAUAUAAAAAAACGAAUGUUA